AAGAUAACACACUCAACCUUGUGAACAAUGGUUUUGGCGGAGGUUGUGCUUUUACCAUGAUCUGAGAUCAGUUUUGCGGUCACUUGUAGAUAAUGUUAAAACUCAGGUGGUGAACAAGCCAAACAAUUUACAAAAAGUUUUACCUUGGCUUUCAGCAACAUACUACAUUUGCCUGUAUUUAAGCUUUUGGUAAAGAAUUUAAAUUCCUGAUUAGGAUUUCUCAUAGAGGAUUUCUACAUGCUUACUUCUGCAAAUCAACCGAGAAUAUACUAGACAUUAGACAGAAUCAGAUUUUUUUUUUUUUUUGAUGUUCCGUGUGAUUUUAAAAGAUGCCAUGACUGUCCUGUGACUUUAGCUUGGCAAAUAGAGAGCUUUUAAGCAGCCUCUGACUACUCUCUAGUACUAAAACAUCUAAAACAUCUAAACAUCAUGGCCGAUCACAGCUCCAUCCACACUUCAGAGUCUCCACCCUUCUCUGCCAUGUACCGCCUUCAGACGCAAGGUCAAAGAUCAAACUACAGCCUUUUUGAGAACAGUUCUGUGAGCAGAAUAAACCAGUAUGAAGAUGGCAGCCUUUUAAGUGACCCUGCUGACAAUUGUGCCAGUGCUGGAGCAAGUAUGAAUGGAAUUAGUGAGCAGAUAAACUCAGCAUACUGGGACAUGGAAUCUUUUAUCUCGUCUCAACCUGGUGCAUUCAAUCGAACCAAAGCCCACAGUGAACGAUAUGAGGAAGAAUGGAAUUCCAGUUCCCAGCAGCAAGAUGCGAUAGAAAAUUAUGGUACUACAGAAGGAAAUCAUCAGAAACUUGACUCUUUCUCUGAGGCAUUUUAUGGCCGCAGUAUUUCUAGAAUUGCUAACUGUGUUGAUCAGGUUGGAUACAAUGUUGAUCCAAACAACUCUCCUACUAUUUCACCUCUUCCCUCUCUCUCUAUACCUUUGGUUCUAAGUCCCCCUCCUACACCUCUUCCUCAGCAAUCUCUUUCUCCUCCUAAACGGGGGCUUUACCCUCCUUCUGCACAGUCACUGAGCCAAGUACAAUCGCAGUCCCCUUCCGAAGGUUCACUGCGAUUCUUUCCAACUCUACCUUGUACAAGUUCCAUUCUUCCCAGGAGUUUUACUCCUGGUCACUGGCUCCCACUUUCCACCAACACCAGUGUAAGUGGAGACAUAACACAGCAUCUCCCUCAAGACUCCGGUCCAUCUACAAUCUAUCCAGAGGGGGUGCAGAUUCAUCUAAGACAGCUGAGUGCUACAGAAGGAGACACAGACUGUUCUCUAGAGACAUCUCCAUGUUCAACCCUGGUGCAGCAUCCAUCCCAACAAUCUAUUCCAAAACAUGAGAAGGAGCAUUGCCCUGUGACCUCCGAACAUCACAUGACCUGGUCCCAGAUGAUACCAUCAUCUCAGCCUUUUUGCCCCCCAACCCAUCACAUGAACACUCAGGCAGAGGGCCUGGGGGUACAUGAGGACACAAAGUCCAUUGUGGAGUUCCAGCGACCACCUUCCUUAUGCUUGCCCAGCUCACAGAAUAACUCCUCGGCAAUCUACACUGGAGUUCCAUUUCACAGUGUCCUUCAGUCAGGAGCACUGGGGGAAGAUCAGGAAUAUCUGACUCGUCACUACACUCCACUGCCCAUGCUGAAUCCCACACGCAGUGGAACAGGGUUGUACUGUAACCUGCUGCCUCCACUGAGCCACCAGACACAGUGGCCAAAGGAACCAGGACAUCAUGUUCAACAGAGGCAAAUAAACAUAGGACUGGAGUUUCAGGCUGAGAUACCUGAACUGCUAGAGCAGGAGAGUAUAGAAUUUUGGCCUGAAGAACCACUUCAGGAGGAGUUACUUUGGAAACCAUGGGUGGAAUUAGAGAAGAAUGAUGACUUACUGGAGCAGGUGGAGAAUCUUCUAGAUCUCAGUACUUCUACUGCUUUACCUGGAUGUGUUGCGAAUCUAGAGCUUGCCCUGCACAGCCUGUCAUUAUGCAAAGGAAAUGUAUUGGCUGCUUUGGAAAUGAUGUUUUUCACAAACUCAAAACCCUCCAGAGACUACCAUUAUACUGGCAGUGACAUCUGGUGCUUGAGUGAGCAAAAGUUGUUUCAUAAGGCCUUUGCCAUGUAUGGAAAAGACUUCUCAUUCAUUCACAAAAUGGUGCAGACAAAGGGGGUGUCACAGUGCGUGGAAUUCUACUAUCACUCCAAACGGCUCAGAGAAAAACAGAGGAAGCUAAAGGAAAAAGAAGUGCAGCAGCAGCAACAAAUGGCUGCAGAAACACUUACACCAACUAACCAGGUCAUGGUGAUGAAUCCUAUUAAUGUAGACAGGAUGAUUCACACACCUGCACUCGCUCCGAGUUUUCCCUGCAAACAAUGUGGAAAGAUGUUCUAUAAGAUCAAAAGCAGAAAUGCUCACAUGAAGAUUCAUCGUCAGCAGCAGGAGGACUGGAGGGAGAGAAUCCAUCCAAACAAUCAUCUUAGCUUGACCCAGGCCCUGCAGAACCAAAACCGAACCCUGGCCAAUCCAAACCAGCUUGAUACGCAAGGUCUUACAAACCAGUUAAUUACUCAAAGCUUUAUCCAGAACCUGGUUCAGUCUCAGGCUCAGCUCGCUUUUAUCCAGAGCAGUAAGACUCAAAGUCCAUGUUUCACUACUGCCAUCAGCAGUACAAAUUCAACACAAAGUCCACAGAUGGCUACCAAAGCCCCAGCUUUACCAAUUUACAGGGGCCCCCAACAGACAUGGGAAGCCAUUCAUGGUAGCUUGGACUCUGGGCUUUAUUAUAACUAAUAGAUGACACAGGUGGGGGAUUCUGGCUUAACUUUUUAGCUACAAUCCAAUGAUAAUUUUCUUUGUUCAUUUCAGGAACAGUUAAACUGACAUGUAGCUUAAGUUUGUAUAUAACUGAAUUUAAAAAACAUGUUCAUUAAAUGUCUCUAUCGACUUGCACAUGCAGUCUUUUUUUUCUCAUAGCUCUAUGCAAAAUACUCCACAAUGACAACGUAAACAGUAAAAAGGGUGUUUUGUUAAUUUAUUAAAAAAUAAAGACUAAUA